AUGUCUACAUCUAACAUUGCAGCAAGAGUGGAAACUUGGCUUUCAUCCACAUGGCAUGUUAAAGUUCCUUUGGCAUGGCUGGAAGCAUGUAUUAGCUGGAUCCAGGAGGAAAACAGCAGUAGUAACUUAAGUCAAGCUCAGAUUAACAGGCAGGUAUUUGAGCAAUGGCUUCUCACUGAUCUAAGAGAUUUGGAAUAUCCCAUUUUGCCUGACUGCAUCUUAGAUGCUCCCAAAGGAGAGUUGUCAGGGUUCUACUCCAUACAGAUUGAUUCACUGGUUGAUGUUAGUCAGCCAGCAUAUUCCCAGUUUCAGAAGCUAAAAGGGAAAAAUACUGUAAAUGAAGAAGUAACAGCCAGUACUCAGACAUUCCAGAAGCCCUGGGAAGCAAAGCCUACUCGAAUGCUGAUGCUGCAACUAACUGAUGGGAUACAUCAAAUUCAGGGCAUGGAGUAUCAACCAGUGCCUGUCCUCCACAGUAAUCUUCCUCCUGGUACAAAAAUCACUGUACAGGGUAAUAUUGCGUAUCGUCUUGGAGUCCUUCUGCUUAAACCAGAAAAUGUGAAACUAUUGGGGGGUGAAGUAGAUGUUCUUCUGGAGGAAUAUUCUCAGGAAAGAGUCCUUGCUAGAUUAAUUGGAGAAACCGAAAACCCUAAUUCUGUUGGACAAGCUGGUCACAACCAAAUUGUUUCAAGGCCUGUGGAUGAAUUAGAACAAACUGUAGGCCCUUCAGAUGAAGAGCUUUUAGCCAGUCUUGAUGGAAAUAAUGAAUUUACUUUAAACAACAGAAUAUUUUUAGAAAGCGGAUACUGCAGUAGAAGCAACAGUGUUAGUACAGCCUCAGGUUCACUGACUGCACACAAUCCCGUUUUGCUGUGGGAAUCUGGAAGUCCUUUGCCUCAUUCUGAGCAGCAAGUUUCGCCUCCCAUAGAAUCUGCUGAUGGCUUCUUAAAUGACUUUCCUUUAGAAGAGGACUUUCUUCUGGAAGAAGAGAUGGAAAGAGAGCUGGAAGAAGUGCCGCCAGUGGUGAUGAACAGAAACACAGGUUUAGUCACUGAGAGAGUUCCACUUAUAUCUAGAACCUCCUGCAAUUCAUCUUUAAUUGGGACUUGUAAAAAAGAUUACGUGAAUGAGAGAGAUAAGCCUGUAGAAGCUACCAGCAAGCAAAAGACUUUUGGAAGAACAGUAUUUGAUGGAGCUGGAAAUAGUACUGGUAGCUUUUCACAGCACAAGAGUGUACAGCCCUGCAGUUCUGCAGAUUUUUGUUUGGAAAAUCCUCCUGAAGAGAGGCAGAAUGAUACAGACAUAGACGAGAGCAGAUGUAAAUCCCAGCAGACUUCUGACAGCAGGAUGUUAAAUAAUGAUCCUGUAUUUUCCUCAGAAGCAGAUCAGCAGAAGCAUGAUUCACAGAACUUUCCUUGCAGAGCAGUAGAAACUCAUUUAGCUUUAGAUUCUCCACCUUUUACAUAUAUUUCAAUUCUCCUUGCAAAAAAAACAGAAACUGUUACAAUUGUGAAAGUUAAGUGUUUUAUUGUUACUCUCACUGGAAAUCUCACAAGCAGCAAUGGGUCCUGGGGUAUAAAGGCAAAAAUUUCUGAUGGUUCAGGUUAUCUUGAAGUAGAUUUUGCUGAUGAUAUUCUAACAAGUUUGAUUGGUUUUUCAGUACCCGAAAUGAAUAGGAUGAGAAAGGAUCCAGCUUUACAUCUGAAGCUUAAGGAUGGUUUAGAGAAGUGUCAAAAACAACUGAUAGAUCUCUGUUGUUUGAUGACUAUAGAGUUUAAUCCACUUCAGUCUAAAGCCAGUGUAUUAGUUCUCCAGGAUGCUGAUGCAAGGCAUCUAGAACAGUUGAAGAAACGUUUGAAUAAAUAA